AUGAUUACUCCCAAAAUCUCGCUCUCUUUGGCGGAGAAACUGGACUUGGUGCCAGCUCUUGCGUCAAUUACUCUGACAGUUUUCUGGGCUCUCCUAACCUCCCUUUGGCGUUCUGCCGCAUAUCCCAAGACAUUGGUGCUUCAUAUUGGCUAUGCAGCAUUCCGCAAAGCCACGGCCCGCAUGACAGUGGCCCAAAUGCAGUAUGCCCUUCCUACCACGGACCAGAACUACGAACGUUACGUCCGGAAGCACAAGCUACCCUCCAAUACAGUAGACUUGGGUGACGGGGCUCUGGGACAUUGGAUCGGGGACCCGAAAGCGGACAAUAUCUUGAUUUGGUAUCACGGUAUAUUCAUCCCCUCCUUCCCCUUCCAUCGUCCCUUCCCUACAACCUCCCACUCACAAAACAAAUAUAGGAGGCGGCUUCGCCCUCCCCGCCAACAGAGGCUACUUUCAGUUCUUCUUGAACCUUAUAAUUCAUCUGCGGAACUAUCACAACAAAUCGCUCUCCAUCUUCACACUAACCUACACUCUCGCCCCGGGGGCACUUACCCAACGCAACUCCGCCAAGCGACCUCCGCCCUCCGCCAUAUCCUGACUACUCACUCCCCAUCACAAAUCCUCCUCGGCGGGGACUCCGCAGGCGGGAACCUAGUCGGUGGAGUCCUCUCCCACCUCGCUCAUCCGCACCCUCAGAUCGCCCCUAUUACUUGUGAAGAAUCCCUCCGCGGAGCCAUCAUGAUCGCUCCUUGGACUAGUCUAGCUUCGGACUACACCGACCAGGAGAUUGACUCGCGCGGGGAUCUGAUCACCCCCGCUGUUGCGGGGCCAUGGGCGCAGGCGUAUCUUGGGUCCGGGGAACGGGACCAUUAUACGGAUUUGUCGAGCGCACCGGCGGAGUGGUUUGAGUCUUUCCCCGUGGAGAAGGUGUUGGUUUGUGGUGGCGGGAGAGAGAUUCUGUUGCCGGUGAUUGAGGGAUUUGUGGGGAAGUUGAGGGAGGGAUUCAAGGGGGAGAUGGAAUUUUGUGUUGGAGAGGGAGAGGGACAUGUGGCGCCGAUUUAUAAUUUGUAUAUUGGCGAGAAAGAGGAGACGGGGCAGGGGAUGAGGGUGAGGGGGUGGUUGGGGGAGACUUUGUGA